AUGGGGGCCGACCUGGGGCAGGUAGAGUACGUCUUCAGCGAUAAGACUGGGACGCUGACGCAAAACCUCAUGAAGUUCAAGCGCUGCAGUGUGGGCGGGGUGAUAUACGGGGAGCUGGACCAGCAGUCCAAGGACCUGAUGACCCCGCAGCAGCUGUCGCACGCGGUAGACGCACCCCCGCUAUCCGAGCUGGCGUCGAACAUCGCCGGUGCCACGAAGGGUAGCGCGCCGCUAGACUUCGCGCUAUGCCUGGCUCUGAACCACACGGUGGUGCUAGAGGAAGACCCGAAGACGGGCCAGAAGCAGAUGCAGGCGGAGUCGCCGGACGAAGAGGCGUUGGUGGACGGGGGAAAGACGCUGGGAGUGAAUUUCGUCGACCGUUCCCCGGGGAAGGUGGAGCUGGACGUCACCGGCAAGGGCCGGCUGUCGUACAGCCUCAUCCUCACGAUCCCCUUCGACUCAACGAGGAAGCGGAUGUCGGUCGUCGUUCGUGCUCCCGACGGCUCCUACGUCUUGUACUGCAAGUGA